CAAUUUGUAUUUGCAGGUAAAGAAAUGGUGGACUAUAUUGCGGACUAUUUAGAAAAUAUAAGAAGUAGACGAGUAUUUCCAGACGUUAAGCCAGGCUAUAUGAGAGAUCUUUUACCAGAUUCGGCACCAACAGAUGGUGAACAGUGGGAUGAUAUAUUCCAAGAUAUCGAACGAGUUAUAAUGCCAGGGAUUACCCAUUGGCAGAGUCCUCAUAUGCAUGCCUAUUUUCCUGCACUCAACUCAUUCCCUUCAUUAUUAGGCGAUAUGUUGGCAAACGGGAUAGGCUGCUUGGGCUUCACCUGGGCUAGUAGUCCAGCGUGUACUGAGUUAGAGACAAUAGUUAUGGAUUGGUUAGGUAAAAUGAUUGGAUUACCGUCAGUAUUUUUACAUAGUAAUGAACAAACAAUGGGAGGAGGUGUUUUACAGACGACAGCCAGUAAUGCCACUUUUGUCUCUCUACUAGCCGCCAGAUCAGAAGCAAUCAGACGACAUAAGAAUAGCUUACAACUUGAUGAUGCCGAAAUUAACGCCAGACUUGUCGCUUAUUGCUCAGAUCAGGCUCAUUCGUCAGUGGAAAAGGCAACAUUAAUUGGUUUAGUCAAGUUGCGAUUACUAAAUAGUGACGAUGAUUUAAGUCUUCGUGGUCAUACUCUUCAAGAAGCUGUCGAUAGAGAUAGAGAAGCUGGUCUCAUACCAUUCUUUGUAUGUGCUACUCUAGGAACAACUGGGGCAUGUGCAUUUGAUAAUCUGAAAGAACUUGGCGAUAUCUGUGAUUCUGAAGGACUAUGGAUGCAUAUUGAUGCCGCUUAUGCUGGAACUGCUUUCAUCUGUCCUGAAUACAGACAGUAUAUGGUUGGCAUCGAACAUGCUCAGACAUUUGCUUUCAAUCCUUCUAAAUGGAUGAUGGUACAUUUUGACUGCACUGCCAUGUGGGUGAAAAACAGUGGUGCACUUCACAGAACAUUUAAUGUGGAUCCUUUAUAUCUUAAACACGAAAAUUCAGGAGCAGCGAUUGAUUACAUGCACUGGCAAAUUCCACUGAGCAGACGAUUUCGAGCCCUUAAAAUGUGGUUUGUUUUGAGAUCUUUUGGUGUGGAAGGUAUACAGAAACAUAUUCGAGAGGGAGUAAGAUUAGCGGGGAUGUUUGAGAAUAUGAUCAGAAAAGAUAAGAGGUUUGAGAUUCCUGCUAAACGAAUUCUAGGAAUGGUCGUAUUUAGACUACAGGGGGACAACAGUUUAACAGAAACACUUCUUAAACGUCUGAACAGGUCUGGUAAAAUACACAUGGUGCCAGCUGCUCUUAAAGAGAAAUAUGUCAUCCGUUUUACUGUUACUUCACAAUAUACCACGAACAGCGAUAUCGCCCGAGAUUGGAAGAUCAUACAAGAUUGUGCUUCAAAGGUUCUAGCUGAUGAACAAAUCGUCCGCAGACGUCGUCCAAGGAUUGGAAGUCUUCGCCGAAAAGACUUCGGAAUGAGUUUGAUACUCAGCAAUGUUCCCUUUUCCCCAAAAUUCAUCAACGGAAGCUUUGCUGCUCUCUUUGACAACAGUAACGGUAUGGUCGAGUUUGCAAAAGAGUUGACCACGGGGGAUUUCAAUGGUCACGCCAUUCGUUUGUCUCCACGAAGACGCAUUAAACUUAAGGAUGCGUCAAAACAGCAGAGUUUAGAUUGUGCACCAUUAAGUCCACGCCAUGAAUCUCUAAGAUUUAAGCAAGGUUCUUUAGAUUCUAAGAUUGACGAUAUUUUGGAAUCUUCCUCGUAUGAGAGUGGUUCCCAAACAAAUAUGCAAAACGGUGAAGAGGCUCUUGACGAAAAUGAGAACGAUGGAAGAGCAGCGCCCGAAAGCGAUACGAACCCAUCUAAUCGCAAGCAAAAGGUUGUUAUCAAUUUGAAACCCAGUAUGAUUUUGCCGUCAAAUAGGAAAGUUGACAACGGGGUUCAAGCUGUCAACGGGAUGCACUUGAUUUGUAAGAGUUGUGGACGUUCUUUUGAGGACUGA